GAGAUGGAGGCCGGCCUAGGGAUCAAUGCCGGCCCAGGCAAGCGCCCCAUCCUAGGCUGUGACGAGGUCCAACAGGUGCUUAUCACUAUAAGAAGACAGGGGCCGGCCUACCUUUCCGCCGCCCUAGACCAGCGGCGAGAGGUUGUCUUCCGACACUUUCAGUCUGCCUUCCACACAUGGCUUUUGCAGGAGUGUGAAACCUCGGAAGCCUUUGACUAAUGGUUGCUAUAGUCCUUAGUAAUACGCCUGUCUCUUGGCGCCUGACGUGUCCGGACGGAAUACAUAACGGCGGUAACGGCGGCGACGAAGACGGUGACAACAGCCGGCUGUAACUGCGGCGCUGGCGGCGGCUCUAGCGGCUGCGAAGUAGUGCCUGCCUGCUAUUGAGAGGACCACCCCCCCCCCCCCCCCCCCCCC